AUGACUCUCCGGUCCGCAUUGCCCUCAUCCAUGAUGGCUCCACUCGUCGCUCUCACUUCGCUCCUGGUUCCUGCUAAGCAUGCUCCCCCGAAGCUCGUAGAAAAACAGCGGCUGUCAUCCCCAAAGAGUUCCUGCAAUGCACCUUUCCCUCCACGUUUCACAGCCAAGCUUCACCCGCGCGAAGCUGAAGUCUCAGCGGAAGUCAACGGCUACUUCCUGCAACACUGGCCGUUCCCCGAUGAGCGAGAGAGAAAGAAGUUCGUGAAGGCUGGUUUUCCCUACGUCACAUGCUACUAUUUCCCUGCUGCUCUGGACGACAGGAUAGCUUUGGCGUGCCGCCUUUUGACGUUACUAUUCCUGGUAGAUGACUAUCUAGAAAGUCUGUCACUUGAAGAGGGCUCGGCUUACAAUGAGAGGCUUAUUCUCAUUUCCAAGGGCUCUGUUAAACCCGACCGAGACAUCCCUGUAGAAUGGAUCACGCAUGACCUGUGGGAAGAUAUGAGAGAAUGCGACAAAAUGCUGGCAGAAGAAGUGCUAGAGCCCACCUUCACGUUUAUGAGGGCACAGACCGAUGCCUGUCGCCUUGAUAUCAAAGGCUUGGGUAACUAUCUUCAAUAUCGCGAGAGAGAUGUGGGAAAAGCUUUGUUGUCCGCCUUGAUGAGGUUUAGUAUGAACUUGCAUCUUACCGCAGAUGAGCUGGCAUCUGUGAACGAUGUUGAGAUGAACUGCUCGAAGCACAUAUCUGUCGUCAACGACAUAUACAGCUGGGAAAAAGAGGUUCUGGCCGCCCAGACCGGUCAUAGAGAAGGUGCCGUACUCUGUUCGUCGGUGCUGGUGCUUUCGCAAGAAACUAGCAUUGACGUUGAGGCAUCGAAGCGCGUGCUCUGGUCGAUGUGCCGGGAAUGGGAGUUGGUUCAUGAGAAGCUCGUGGCGAAGAGGAUAGCUUCCACUUCCCUGCCUUGCAAGGAAGAUCUCAAAUUCUUCUUAAAGGGGCUUGAGUAUCAAAUGAGCGGCAACGAGGCUUGGAGCGAAAAGACUCCCCGGUAUCACCAGCCAACUGCAUCGUAG